AUGAAUAAUGGUAAUAGUUCAAGUGGAUAUGAUGAUGAUGAUGGUCCAUCACUGCAUACACGACUUGUUUUUGCUAGUGCUUGGGUAUUAAUUGCUGUUGCUGGUAUUAUAGGCAAUACUCUCGUUAUAGUUGUUGCAAUUCGGUACGAAAAAUUCAGCAACGUUACUAAUUGUUUCAUUGUAAACCUGGCUGUCACUGAUAUUGUCUUCUUGGCAUUCUGUAUGCCAUUCCUAGUUGUUCAAUAUACAUUUGAACAUUGGUACUUCAAUCAAACCAUUUGUAAACUUCUCAAUUUUACUUCAUUUGUCAGUGUUCUGGUUACUGUCCUUACGUUAGUCAUAAUGACUAUUGAUCGGUAUAUUUAUGUCGUGCAUCCAUUUGAAGAUAUUAAAUGGCGAAAACCAAGAACAGUCUUUCUACUCAGUUUAAUCAUUUGGUUGCUUUCGUGCAUAUUUGCUUCGCCAUGCUAUUUUCAUUAUGGUGUUAUUAAUGAUGCUAAUUAUAGGCAAUGUGUAUUGUUAACAGAGGAAGAGCUACAAAAACGAUUUCGAGUAUAUACGGUUACAUUGUAUUAUUUUAUUCCAUUAGCAAUUAUUCUUAUUUGUUAUGCUAAAUUACUUUAUUAUGUUUAUUCAAACGAGAAUAAAUUGAAAACAAGAAGGGUGUCUAGUCCUGUUAAAUGGUCUAAACGACGUCGAACCGUAACAAAAAUGGUUGCAGUUGUUACGCUUGUCUUUUCCCUUUGUUGGUUGCCUAUUACAUUGUAUAUUGUGCCGACAAACUUUUUUGAUCGAAGAACAGCUUUUUUGUAUUACUUCAAAGCUGUUGCACAUUCGUUUGCUUACUUAAAUUCAGCAAUUAAUCCAUUAUUAUACGCAUUUUUAAAUCGAAGUUUUCGAAAUAACUGUGAAAAUAUUCUUUCGAAACCUUCAUGUUCAGCAAUUAUGUGUAAACAUGAUGAAACACAGAAACAAAAAAGAUCUGAACAAUCAAAUUGUAACGAUGAGCCAAAAAAACAUUCUUCGAAUAUCGAAAAAAACGUUAUAAUAGAUAACAAUAUUGAAUUAUUAUCAAAUGAUGCAUUAAUUAAUGACUUCUCGGAUGUUGAAGAUGAACUACAAGAUGUUGACACUGUGCCUCACAUGAUUAUUAACGAACAGAAUCAUCAUACUAAUGAUACUAAAAAAGCGUAUGGAGCAUAUUUUAUUCAUUCUAAAAUUGAUCAUAAUAGGCAUCUUACAACAACUUUAUAA